UUCUCCUUCUUCCAUGAAAGGUCUUCCCACACCUCGAUCCCUAUAUAAUGCCUCCUCCCUCUUCUUGUCCACCCCAAAACUACUCCUUCCCAAUCCCAACUUCCACAACCUCCUCCUCUUGAAUCCAAUGGCUGCUUGCAUCGACACUUCCCAAAACAACAACCCAAUUUGUCAAGACAAAGAUAACCAAUACAAUUUCAUCCAGUUUUGCCGCGCUCCCCUCACCCACAGCCGCCCCAAAACCACCCAGACCCGCAGGGUCGCAGACGAUGAUCCGGACCCACACCAGCAACCAAACCCAGAUUCGUUAUGGCUCAAAAUGCAAGAGGAGGCUCGAUUUGAUAUUGCACACGAACCCAUUUUGUCGAGCUAUUACUACACAUCUAUAUUACGUCACACUUCAAUAGAAACCGCCUUGGCGAAUCACUUGGCGGUGAAACUGAGCAAUCCCAGCCUCUGCUGCAGUACCCUGGUGGAUAUUUUCAUGGGGGUGUUUCUGGAAGAUGGGGAGGUCAUCAGGGCUGUCAAGGAGGAUUUGAGAGCAGUGAAAGAGAGGGACCCAGCUUGCAUUAGCUAUGCUCAGUGCUUCUUGAAUUUCAAGGGGUUCUUGGCCUGCCAGGCGCAUAGGGUGGCGCACAAGCUGUGGUCACAGGGCAGGAAGGUGUUGGCGUUGCUGAUACAGAACAGGGUUUCCGAGGUUUUCGCGGUGGAUAUUCACCCGGGGGCGAAAAUCGGGCACGGGAUAUUGCUGGAUCACGCUACUGGUGUUGUGGUGGGUGAGACGGCGGUGAUUGGGAACAAUGUGUCUAUUUUGCAUAACGUGACUUUGGGAGGGACUGGGAAAAUGUGUGGGGAUAGGCACCCGAAAAUCGGGGAUGGGGUGCUGAUAGGGGCAGGGACUUGUAUUUUGGGGAAUAUUAGGAUUGGGGAGGGGGCUAAGAUUGGGGCUUGUUCUGUGGUCUUGAAGGAUGUGCCGGCGAGGACUACUGCCGUUGGGAACCCGGCUAGGUUGAUUGGAGGGAAGGAGAAUCCGAAGAAGCUUGAUAAGAUGGCUAGUUUUACUAUGGACCAUACUUCCCACAUUUCUGAAUGGUCUGAUUAUGUUAUUUAGAGAGGGGUUUGCUUUUUUUUUUGCAAUAUGGAUGAGUUGGUCUUUGUAAUGUGGCGGGGGCUUAUUGUUUGUUGGUGUAAGUGAGAACCCGAGUUCUCCUAAUAGCAAACAGAGAGGGUUUGAGCCGAUAUAAUGUGAUGAAGCAGCUGGUUUGCUGGUGUACAAGUCUGAGAUAAAGCCUUUUUAUCCCAUUGUGCCUGUGAUCACAGCGAGAACUGAGGUUCUUCUAUUAGCAAACAGAGUCGUAGAGGGAAUCAGCUCCCCUGUGAUUUUAUGUACUUUAUUUGUAUCAUUUUCAAGAAGUUUAGACCUUGUAUGCUAUAAAUAUGAAGUUAUCAAUUUCUUUCCUUC